AGUCGAUUGGUUCUGCAAUGGAUCAACGUGUUUUUCGGUGCUACUGUUACUUAACCCACGUGCUCGUUGUGUUACUGAUAGUGAUAAACUUCGUAGUACCACAUAAUAUUGGUGAAAUAAUUAAAAUUCAAGCUCCUCGCAUUGUGCCAGAGCAUGCUGAUCUUACGCUGGAGUGUGAGCUUCAAGUGCACGACGAUCAAGAAUUAUCGAUUAAUUGGUACUUUUCGGAAAUAAUGACCCCUGUUCAGUCCAUCUCAAACAUGCAAGUAGCACAGGCCGGUGGGAAAAGCACUCUGUUCAUCAAAAGCGUCCUUAAACAGCAAAGUAACUUGUACUACUGUUGCUUGGAAAGUGCCACAACCAUAGCAAAUGGUUGCGUUUCACACAGCUUACUCGUGCUGUACACAACACUCGGACAGAAGAUAAUGGAAAUAGAUGAAAGUACGGCUGUGCUGGUCCUUACAAGAUCUGCAGACGCUACACCACCUGUGGAGGACACCAUUUUAAGCUUCGCCAUUUGUUUGCGCUAUCGUUGGAAGUUGGAGCAGGUGCAACUGUUCGCCUUUCCGGACACUUUAAUCCAGGAUAGCCAUCCAAACGGCUCGCUGGAUAUGGAGAAGGGCAUCGAAAAGCCACUCUGUAAAUACAUGAAUUACAACGUGGAAGCUACAUCACCUACCGACAAUCGGUUGUUUUUGAUUAAAUCCUUCGACCUUCGACGGGUGUCUACAGUAACGUACCACCUGCAUGUCUUUUUAAAUGGUAAAAAUUUUGAUUUGUAA